GGGAGUCUUUUAGGAUAGACGUUUAAAUUAAGGUUUUGAGUGUGCCAGCCUGGACUGCCCACACAGUAGCUUGGCCAGAUGUAGUCUGGAAAGAGGAGAGGUAUCGCUUUAAUCGACCCAGGAAGUGUGGCAUUCAGAAAUUAGGUUCAGGGUUUAAAGUUUUGAUUGGUUGAGGUGAGAGGCGUGGCUCCAGCCUUAGACUAUGAUUGGCCGGAACGUAGUGGGGUUCCCGGAUUGGUGUCUGAGCGUUUGAGGUGGACGGAAGCGUGGUCUGCUGAAGUCCUUGGUUACAGAAGCUGGGAGUGUGGCUGUCGUAUACACGUUCGGCACACAGGACUUAGCAUCUAGAACUGUUGUCUCCAGCAGAUUGGACAACCGUGUCUGGCAUGAGUGGAAUUGUAGUCUCAAGCCCAGAUUCUUAGAUUUCAUACAGAAUAGUGGGUGUCCGGCAGCAGGCCACGGAGUUCUAAUACUGGCCAGGGUCCCUCCCCGCCCCCCGCCCCCCGCCCCGCGCACGUCGGUGUUGCUGAGGACGCCUAGGUCUCUUCUUCAGGUCUAUGGCGGACUCGAAGCUGCUGGUGCCGGAGCUAAGCGAGGCAGAGAAAAUGGGCGCUGAGACCGCGCGUUUCGAGGAGCUGCUGCUGCAGGCCUCCAAGGAGCUCCAGCAGGCCCAGACAAGCAGACCAGAAUCUACACAGAUCCAACCACAACCUGGUUUCUGCAUAAAGACCAACUCCUCCGAAGGGAAGGUGUUCAUCAACAUCUGUCACUCCCCUUCCAUCCCUCCUCCGGCCGACAUGACGGAGGACGAGCUGCUUCAAAUGCUGGAGGAAGACCAAGCUGGGUUUCGCAUCCCCAUGAGUCUGGGAGAGCCUCAUGCCGAGCUCGAUGCAAAAGGCCAGGGUUGUACCGCCUACGACGUAGCCGUCAACAGCGACUUCUACCGGAGGAUGCAGAACAGCGAUUUCUUGCGAGAGCUCGUGAUCACCAUCGCCAGGGAGGGCCUUGAGGACAAAUACAGUCUGCAGCUGAAUCCAGAGUGGCGCAUGCUGAAGAAUCGGCCUUUCCUGGGCUCCAUCUCCCAGCAAAAUAUCCGCUCCCGGCAGCGUCCUCGGAUCCAGGAGCUGGGAAACCUGUACACCCCUGACUCCCUGAGACCUGAGGAAGGGUGGGCCUUCAAUGGGUUCUCUCUGUCAUGUCUCUUCCUCCCCAUAGGAAGCAGUGUCCUGGGGGCUCUGGGAACCCAGAGAGGGGAGAAGCAACACUCCCAUCCAAAAGGCUCUCCGAGGCAGUAGGGCUCAGAGGCGGGAGAAAGGGAAGGAUGAGCCCUGGCGAGGACCUGGUGGGUGCUCCUCAGUUUGGGGUUUUGCUCCU